UUUGGAAUAAAAUCGUUUAAUAAGUUAUUUAAAAAAAAUGAAUAUUCGACCUUUGUCACCCGAACUCGCAGAAAAGGCCCGGUUGGAGCUGAACGAAGAUCCGAAUAGGAUUGCGAGUGAUCUUCAACACAUUAAGGAUUGGUUAUCAAAACAGCCGCACUUACGAGCCUGUACAGAUGAUCAAUGGCUGGUAGCAUUUCUUAGGGGCUGUAAGUACAGCCUCGAGAGAACAAAGGAAAAGUUGGAUCUUUACUAUUCAUUGUAUGGCCUCGCGCCAGAAAUUUACACCGUCCAACAUAACGACGCAAAAUUUGAUACACUUAUGAAUAACGGCUCAUACUUAAUGCUACUAGACACAGAGACUCCAACAUCUCCGCGGACAGCAAUAAUUCGCCCCGGCAAAUAUGAUCCCGAUAUUUUUAACGUCGCCGAUUUGUACUCUGUAACGUCAAUAAUUCAAAAGAUUAUACUUUUUACUGACGACAAAAGUGUAAUAUCCGGGAUUCAAUGGAUAAUCGAUUUAAAAGACGUGAAGAUCGGUCAUAUGUUACAAAUGACUCCAACGAUCAUGAAAAAGAUGGUGUAUAGCUCGCAGGAAGCUGCACCAAUACGUAUGAAAGGAACUCACUUUAUAAAUGCACCGGCUGCCUUUGAGAUGAUAUUAAAUACGAUGAAGAAUUUCUUAAAUGAAAAAAAUCGGAAUAGAUUCUAUGUAUAUCAAAAUUACGAAGAUUUUUAUAAUAGUGUACCUAAGUCAAUUCUGCCUAAGGAAUACGGAGGAGAUUCGGCGUCUAUAAAAGAAAUAAUAGAGUAUUGGAAUACUAAAAAAAUAGAAUACGAUUCAUGGUUAAAGGAAGAGAUGAAGAACGGAACGGAUGAAUCGAAACGACCAGGGAAGCCGAAGACAGCAGAGAGUGUAUUUGGAGUUGAAGGAUCUUUCCGUCAAUUGGAUUCUUACUUCGUUUCGAGUAAGACGAUCAUUGUUUCACUGAUAAUCCGAAACAAAGUACUGAAUAUGCAAAUUCGGCCUUUGUGUGCUGAGCUUGCUAAGAAAGCUCAAGAUGAGCUUAAUGAAGAUCCAGCGAGGAUAGCGAGUGAUGUGCAACAUGUCAAGGACUGGUUGUCGAAGCAACCACAUUUGCGCGCUCGAAAAGAUGAUCAAUGGCUGGUAGCGUUCCUGCGUGGGUGUAAGUACAGUCUUGAGAGAACAAAGGAGAAGUUGGAUCUCUAUUACUCGAUGCGUACUCUCGCCCCGGAUCUUUUCAGCGUCCUGCCUGGUGAUAAAGUUUUUACAGAUAUUAUGAAUAUAGGUACCUAUUUAAUACUGCCAAAAUCUACGACACCAGAUUCACCACGGGUAGCAAUUGUUCGACCCGGUAGUUAUGAUCCUGAUAAAUACAAAUUAUCAGAUAUAUUUUCUGUCUCUAUCGUGCUUCAAAGGAUAUUGUUAAUGGAGGAUGAUGCCACUGUUAUAUCUGGUGUUCGCACAAUAUUGGAUUUAGAGGGGGUGACACUGGCCCAUUAUCUUCAAAUGACCCCGGCUAUGAUGAAGAAGAUGGCAGUUCUUUCACAGGAUGCUGCCCCAAUGCGUAUGAAAGGAACUCACUACAUCAACACGCCAGCAGGAUUUGAAACUGUAUUUUCCGCUAUUAAGAAUUUGCUCAAUGAAAAGAAUAGGCAAAGAUUAUACGUCCACAACAAAAAUUACGAAGAGAUGUAUAGUCACGGUAUAAGUAAGGAUAUUUUACCGACUGAAUACGGUGGCAACGGUGGGACUAUCAAAGAAAUAAUCGAUCAUUGGAAAGAUAAAGUACAAAAGUAUAGUUCAUGGUUGGAAGAAGACCUGAAAUACGGAACGGACGAGUCGAAAAGGUCUGGACAGCCGAAAACUCCCGAGAGCAUGUUUGGACUAGAGGGUUCUUUUCGACAACUAAACUUUGAUUAGAAAGAAUACAGUUACAAAGUUAUAUUUUUGUAAAAUUAUUACAUAUUUUAUACGUUUGUGU